CUGUUCUCAGCAGUCCGCCAAGAGUCCAAAAAUUCUGUACGCAACGGAUUUACGGCCAUAACAGUCUUUUCGCGAGCCGACUUUAUUACCAGUAGAUUAGCACAGUACAACGAUUCAUCACGACCCUUCGUCUCUCAUUGGUCUGCCGGUAAACCCGAAGACGUGACGUUGUCAUGCCAAGUGGUCGGCACUGAUCCUACCUAUGGAUUUCCGAGAAUUUGCGACCAAACCCCAUCGAUUCGUGUAUUCCAGGAGCGGGUCACCGAAGCAUUUCUGAUAGAGAUUCGCGGCAAAUGCUUCAAUGCAACAGUAGCCAUACAGAAACAUAUUGAUAGAUGUCCAUGGUGCCCUGACUCCUCCGAUGUGACGCUCAUUGAGCAAAGUGUUAGUGAAGGAGGCUUAACCGCUAUUUUUCAUUUACAUUUUACAAUAUGUAUUAGUGACUAA